AUGACGUCCAUAGUUAAAACUGAAUUAGUAGAUAAAUAUUCAAAAUAUGUUAAAACAAUUAGAAAUCGAAUUGUUGAAGUUGAAUUUCAUUGGUUUCAAGUAAAUCCACGUCAAAGUUAUCGAUUACGAAUUAAUGGAAAACAAUUUAAUGAAGUACAAAAACAUAUGCAUUCAAAAAAAUUAUUAAAUCUAAAUUUUGAACAAUUUACUGAUUUAAUAACACCUAUAUUUGCUAAUGAUGCUGCUGAAUUUAGUAGUUUUGUAUUACGUUCAACUUUUGAUCAUUUAUUUGAUCUCAAUUCUAAUGGUUUUAAUUCCAAAAAACAAAAUUUAUUACAAGAAAAUCUUCGUCAAAUGCUUGGUAAUCGAAAUAAACAUAUUUCAUUUCAAGGUAUUAAUAUUCCAAAAAUUUUAAAUGGUUUUGGAUUGAAUAUUGUACGUAAAUUUUCUAAACAAGGUUGUGAUAUUGUUUUGAAUGGAAAUCAUAUUGAUGAAAAUAUAACACAAACAAUUCAAAAUGAAAUCGAUAUAUCUAAAUUAGUUGAACAAAUAUUAAAUUAUUUUCAGUAUAAUAAUAUUCUUAUUAUAGAUAUUGAAUGUAAACGACAUUGUAGAGCUUCUAUUGAUGAAUUUCCAACGCAAAAAUGA